CUUACCAUCUCUUAUAUUUUCCAUCAUUUUGUGUGUGUUUUGUGAUAUUUGAAAAACUCUCCACUAAAAACUAGUACAAAGUCUCCAAACCUGAGUGUUAAACAAAAGAGUCUAUUGAACAACAAUGAGCUAUUCUAAUCAAAGCAUGGGUUCUGGUAGUAGAAGUGCAAGAGGAUAUGAGUUUGGAAGGACCUAUGUUGUAAGGCCUAAAGGAAAACACCAAGCUACUAUUGUUUGGCUGCACGGCCUUGGAGACAAUGGCUCAAGCUCGUCUCAGCUCUUGGAGAGCCUGCCUCUUCCAAACAUAAAAUGGAUCUGUCCAACUGCUCCUUCGCGUCCUGUUUCUCUUCUUGGCGGCUUCCCUUGCACUGCAUGGUUCGACGUUGGGGAAAUUUCUGAGGAUCUUCAUGAUGAUAUAGAAGGCUUAGAUGCUUCAGCUGCACAUAUUGCUAACCUCUUAUCAACUGAACCAACAGAUGUCAAAGUUGGGAUUGGAGGUUUCAGUAUGGGUGCAGCAAUAGCUCUCUACUCCACGACGUGCUAUGCUCUUGGACGUUAUGGAUCCGGACAUCCUUAUACCAUAAACCUAAGAGCUACUGUAGGACUUAGUGGUUGGCUUCCUGGUUGGAGAAGCUUAAGGAGCAAAAUUGAAUGUUCUAAUGAGGCUAUAAGGCGUGCUGCAUCAAUACCAGUUAUACUUGCUCAUGGAACUUCGGAUGAUGUAGUUCCUUACAGAUUUGGAGAAAAGUCAGCGCAUUCACUUGCCAUGGCUGGAUUCAGACAAGUUGUGUUCAAACCAUAUGAAGGGCUAGGUCACUACACGGUUCCAAAGGAAAUGGACGAGGUGGUUCACUGGCUCGCUUCAAGGCUUGGUCUUGAGGGAUGGCGUUAAGCUUCAAAAGCAUCUCUAUAUCUAUUUAUACAUGGUGUUAGAAAAUAUUAUAUAUAAUGGAUGGGUUUCUUGGGGUAUACGGCACUUUCUGUUUUAACUGUUUUGUGAUUUAUUUUUUGGUUUUCUGGGUUUUCUGCUUUUCUAUUCAUGGUUAUAAAUAAUGGAAUAAAGGUUUGGUCAUACCAAGAUUCAAAAGAUUAUGAGUUUCUUAUGA